AAGUCGAGAAAAGGGGGUGUGAGAGUGAGAUGGAGAAGGGGCCGACGACGAUGAGCAUGAGCGUGAGAGCAGAGAUGGAGAAGCUGAGCGUGGAGCAGCUCAAAGCAGUGAAAGAGCAGACUGAUCUGGAAGUCAAUCUCCUCAACGACUCCCUCAACAACAUCCGCUCCGCCACCACCCGCCUCGAACUCGCCUCCUCCGCCCUCCACGACCUCUCCCUCCGCCCCUCCGGCAAGAAGAUGCUCGUCCCUCUCACCGCCUCCCUCUACGUCCCCGGAACUCUCCAGGAUCCCGACCAGGUCCUCGUCGACGUCGGCACCGGCUACUUCAUCGAGAAGAACAUGCCUCAGGCCAAAGACUACUGCGACCGCAAGAUCAGCCUCCUCAAGUCCAAUUUCGAACAACUCAUCGAGGUUGCUUCUAAGAAGAAAAGCAUUUCUGAUGAAGCUGGGUUAGUUUUGCAAGCAAAACUGAAGCAGAUGGCUCCGGCAUCUCAGUAGGAAAAAAGGACUUCUGAUAUUUGUGCUGAUGACUAAGGAAGUAAGGAGUGUCCCAGUAUAGUGAUGUUGUUGAUUAUGCUUAUUUUGAAAGAGAAUUCAAGUAUCAUGUUAGUUUUGUGGUUUUCGAGUUUAACUCGCUCGGUUUUGUUCCCUUUCUAUAUGGGAUCGAUUCUCUCCUGCACUUUUGUAGACUGGUAUUCUGGUGUAUCAUUGCGGAACUACUUAUAAUUUACAAUUUGUUUUUCUUUCAGCUUUCAAAUGUUCAGGGUUACUUGCUAUAAUGUAGCUGUUCUGUAUUGAUGUUUUAUACUUCUCUUUGUGUGAUUCUAGAAAUAUAUACAAA